CUCACUGCACACAGUUUCUAGACCCCCGAUUAAGUUUUAAUUAAUCGCUCUUUAGCACUAGUUGCGGUAUUACCUGUUUUAUUUACGAUUUAUCCAUCUACAAAAUGACGAAAAAUCGUGUUUAUGUUGUCGGUGUGGGAAUGACUAAGUUCGAGAAGCCCGGUCGCCGAGCGGAUGUAUGCUAUCCAGAUUUUGCCAAGGAGGCUAUUACGAAAGCCCUCCAGGAUGCGGGCAUCAAGUUUGAGGAAGUGCAGCAGGCGGUGGCUGGAUAUGUUUAUGGAGACUCCACCUGUGGACAAAGGGCCAUCUACGAGGUGGGAAUGACCGGCAUUCCGGUCUACAACGUGAACAACAACUGCUCCACGGGAUCGAGCGCUCUGUAUCUGGGCAAGCAGAUCGUGGAGAGUGGAAACGCCGACUGCGUCCUGGCUCUGGGAUUCGAGAAGAUGGAGCGUGGGUCCUUGUCUUCAAAGUACUUUGACCGCGCCAAUCCCAUGGAACGUCACAUCACCGAGAUGGGUGAGCUGACCGAGAUUGGAGCUGGUCCCAUGGCUGCCCAAAUCUUCGGCAACGCUGGCAAGGAGCACAUGCAGAAAUAUGGCACUAAGCCCGUGCACUUUGGCAAGAUCGCCUGGAAGAACCACAAGCACUCUGUCAAUAAUCCCUACUCGCAGUUCCGCGAUGAAUACACUCUGGAGCAGAUUAUGAAGUCGCCCCAGGUUGUGGAGGGAGUGCUGACCAAGCUGCAGUGCUGUCCCACUUCCGAUGGUUCCGGAGCUGCCAUCCUGGCCUCCGAGGCCUUCGUCCGCCGUCAUGGAUUGGAGAAACAGGCCGUUGAAAUCGUGGGCAUGGAAAUGGCCAGUGAUCCGGCGUCUACCUUUGCCGACAAGAGCCUGAUGAAGAUUGCUGGAACCGACAUGACCCGCCUGGCCACCCAGCGUCUUUUCGCCAAGAGCGGUUACAAGCCACAGGAUGUGCAGGUGGUGGAACUGCACGAUUGCUUCUCGGCCAACGAGCUGGUGACCUACGAGGCCCUUGGACUGUGUGGCGAUGGCAAGGCCGGCGAGUUCAUCGAUGCCGGAGACAACACCUACGGUGGAAAGUUCGUCGUGAACCCCAGUGGUGGUCUGAUCUCAAAGGGUCAUCCUCUGGGAGCCACUGGUCUGGCGCAGUGUGCUGAGCUCUGCUGGCAGCUACGUGGUCUGGCUGAGAAGCGACAGGUUCCCAAUGCCCAGUUGGCUUUGCAGCACAAUCUGGGAUUGGGAGGAGCUGUAGUGGUGGCCCUCUACCGUCUGGGCUUCCCCGCUGCCAACAACGUGAUGCGCAAUUUGACCGCUGCCGGCAAAGCUGCGACUAGCGAAGAUGGCUUUAAGGUAGCUCCCUUGCUGAAAGUUCUGGAGCAGGCGAUGCAGGAGGACAAGGACAAUCUGAUCGAGAAGGUGCGCGCCAUUUACGGAUUUAAGGUAAACAAUGGACCCAAUGGACAGACCGGAUUUUGGGUCAUUGAUGCCAAACAGGGCAAGGGCAAGAUCGUAUUUAAUGGAACACAAAAGUGUGAUGUGACCUUCAUCAUCAGCGACGAGGAUGUAUUCGAGCUGCUCACAGGAAAGUUGCCGCCGCAAAAGGCCUUCUUCCAGGGCAAAAUCAAGAUUCAGGGAAAUAUGGGCUUUGCUAUGAAGCUAAUGGACUUGCAGCGAUCCGCUCAAGGAAGAAUCGAGGAGCUGCGAUCCAAGCUGUAAGCCUGUCGGUGUAUCCUUAUUCUGCAUUCAAUGUUGCAAUAUCUUGGUGGCUUUGGAUCUGUUAAAUCUAGUAUACGUUUUUAUACGAUCUUUUAUUAUUUCUAGAGAUUAAAAUGUUUGAUUAUUGUAA